AGCGAGCAGGGACAGAUGAGACACAGCACACAGCUUCUGUCUUCAGCUUCUGUCUUCAGCUUCAAGCAGACUGUCGGGUUUAAUCUGCUGCGUUGGUUUCAUCUCCUAUCAUCAGUCCAAGAUGGUUUCCCUGGGGUUCGCCUGCGUUUGUUUGAUGGUCUUUGGCACCGCCCUUUCUUUUCCUGCGACUAAAGGAGGGAAUGCUGGUUGGGGUUCAGGUGCUAGCAGCAGCCUUGGUGCAGGAUCUGCUACCUACAGCGCUCCUGCAGUCUCUCACGGUGGAUAUGGUGCUGCUGCUGGAGGCUCAUAUGGUGGAUAUGAUGCUGCUGCUGCUGGAGGCUCAUAUGGUGGAUAUGAUGCUGCUGCUGCUGGAGGCUCAUAUGGUGGAUAUGCCGGUGGUGCUGCUGCUGGAGGCUCCACAAUCCUCUACAGCGGCGCUCCCAGCUUCAGCUUUGAGGGUGCUGACUCUUUUGGAAGCGAGUGGUCUGCCCUGCCCACCGUAGGAUUCGAGUCCUUCAACCCAAACGGCUGGAUGCCAUCUCGUUCCCUCCCUGACUUCAGCGUCUGGGGCUCUCAGGAGGAAGCGGCGGCUGCAGCAGCGGGUGUCGGCUCCAAGGGCGUUAAAGGUGUGCAGCAGGCGGAGGAAGAGGUGGAGACCUUCUCCGUGCCGGCUUCAUCCUACAUCGUCCAGACCAGGAACGGCUACCAGCGCGCCAGAGAAGUCUCCUCCCACAUGAACUACUCCCCAGAGGCCCCCGAACCAGAAGUGGUCUACUACGAGGUGGUGCAGAAAGCGGUGCCUCAGGCUGAACCAGUGAAGGGUGGCAAAGGAGGAAAAUACUGAGGUGUGACGAGCAGAGCCUCAGCAUCCCUACGACCAUAUGGAUCUGUGUGUUCAAUAAACUAACAUGAAUCGA